ACGUGACCUUGCAUGUGACGCUGCUGCCCCCUCGCUGACAGCAGUCCAACGUGUAGUGCAAUUUUGUCACACCGAAGUUGUACGGUUUGAUCAAAAUGUUUGCAUUAAAAUCACAAGCAUUAAAAUCAGCGGCAUACCUGCUAAAAACACAAACUAUACAUGCGGGCUUCCACAAGGGCGCCACCUGCUACGGGGCUAAAGUCGCAGUUGUGCUGUCAGGCUGUGGCGUAUAUGAUGGAACUGAAAUCCACGAAGCAUCAGCGAUCCUGGUACAUCUGAGCAGGGGCGGAGCUGAGGUCCAGAUGUAUGCCCCUGACGUCUCCCAGAUGCAUGUGAUUGACCACAGCAAGGGCCAGCCGGCAGAGGAGUCCAGAAACGUCCUGACGGAGUCUGCUCGUAUCGCCCGGGGCAACAUCACAGACCUGGCCAAGCUGAGCGUCACCAACCAUGAUGCCGUCAUCUUCCCAGGAGGCUUUGGGGCUGCAAAGAAUCUGUCGUCGUUCGCGGUGGACGGAGCAGACUUCAAGGUGAACCAGGAUGUUGAGCGUGUCGUCAAGGAGUUCCACAAAGCAGGCAAACCCAUUGGUCUCUGCUGCAUCGCUCCAGUGCUGGCGGCGAAGCUGCUUCCAGGUGUGGAGGUCACGGUGGGCCAUGAGGAGGAGGAGGAGGGACGCUGGCCCUACGCUGGCACGGCCCAGGCUGUCAAGGCUCUCGGGGCCACACACUGUGUCAAGGAGGUCACCAUAUCCUUCACCUCUGGUCAGCCAGGAUGACAGCUUUCAACCCGUCUGGCCUUCUCACAUUACAGCGUAGAGUCUGAGAGGGGUAGGGUCGUUUGAGGGGUAGGGUCGUUUCUGUGUGGUUGGCUUGGGUAUGAGUAUGUUUGAGUUUCUCUGGGGCGUGAUGGUAUCGAUGUUGUGAAGUUUUGUACAUUGCGUUGUGUCGUUCACAUGGGGGUUAUUGCCAAAUCAGCCUGACCCUGGCUUCCUUCAUG